AUGUGGCGAGAAAAAGAAGCGAUAAACCCACUAGUCUAUAAUGAUUUGGAAUUCACAGAUAGAAGCUGCGAUCGGUGUGUUUCCGACCAAUUACCCCCCGUUGAUAGCGCUCAGAUCGCCCCAGCUGCUAAAAUUCAGAGAAUAUCAUCCGAUAGCAUGUACGAGAAUUCCCUUUUCUCUUGCAAACUAAUGGCCUUUGAUCCCAACUCUCAUUCUUCCACGUUCUUCAAAUGCCAAUCCGUUGAACCUACUUUAUCCCAUAGACCACCAGCUUCCUUUGUGUAUAAGACCCGUGCUCCCCGUAGAGGAACUUGUCUUAUUAUCUCCGUCGAUACUUUUAAACCUGCUCUUUGUCUUCCCAGGCGACCAGGCUCAGACGUAGACCUAGUCAAACUAGAGGAAACUUUCCACUUUCUUGAUUUCGAUGUCAAGACAUUUCAAAAUCCUACCGCUGCCAAACUUUUGCACAUAAUCGAAGAUGAAUCAUCUGCAAGUCACGAGGAUGCAGACUGUUUUGCUUGUGUUAUUUUAACUCAUGGUGAUGAUGGCGGCUCAAUUUACGCAACAGAUGGUCCAGUUCAUUUGGAUCAACUUAUUCAUCCAUUUCGCGGUAAUACGUGUCCGUCGCUGGCUGGUAAACCAAAACUCUUCUUUAUUCAGAUCAGAGAUUUCCUUAUUUGUGAAAUUGAAGAUAAUUGUCAUUAG